AUGGAUAGCAAAAUUCAUACCUGCCACGUCGAGGAAUUCCUCAAUUCUUACCUCCAAAAUGACCACACCGACACCGUCGACACCGUGCUGGAUGAGCUCAAGAAACAAAGGGUCCUUGUCGCUCGGGGGCGGUCUGUGGCUCAAAGAGCAUCCUCGUCAACCCAGAAACCUCCUUUCACCCACGUCUUCAAGGGGUUUAAAACCCUUUUUCGAUCCGGUUCUACCAAACCCGAGCGUAUUCUCAAAUCGUUUCAAACGAUUGGCAACGCUGUCCGCAAAGCUCUAGGAAAGAUUACAGGGGCCACCGUCAAUGAGUUCGAGGUCCGAGCGAUGGACUCGACCGGUGACGCCUGCAUUACGCCUAACCGCGAUGGGGGAAUCUCUCCCCCCGACGUCGUUGUCCCUGUCAGAGUCACUGGCCGCAGAACUGACCGGGCGGAAGAAGACGAGAACAAGGACCUCAGAUACAUCUCUCAUGUUAAUCGUAUCUUGAACGAAGACGCUCGCCGGAAAUUUGCGUAUGGGGUGAGUUUCAUUCGUUUACGCUCUUUCGAUCGAUGCUAA